GCAUGAACGCUUUUGCAGCAACUAAAAUUAACCAUAAAACUGUUGUGUUUGACCUUUCUGAACUUCCUGUUCCUGUUAGCUCUUCUUGGAAUCAUUAAUAUUUUCUGGGCGAACGCGCUGCACACAUCACAAGACGACACGUUAUCAGUUCAGGCAAUUUACAGUGCAUUAGUUUAUUAAGUAGUUUAGGACGUAAAAUACUAUGGAUACUAUGGGAGGAAGCGGUAUACGCGGAAUUUGAAAAAGCUUUAAGCAAAAAUUAUCAGAUUAUCAGGAGACAUCAAUGAAAGCAUAUAUCACAAGGAUGACGAAAAGUUGAGCAGUCUAAUAGACCAAAUGCCCCAAGAAAAUCCAAACAAACGUCCCAGUGCACGCGAAGCUAAGGAGUAUAUGUUUCCCGAAGCGAAACAUUCAACUGAUCCUAACGAUGCAUCGAAGACCGCAUUCUUAGCGCGAAAAGAAAACGAACAGGACUCCAGUCAAUGCCGUUUAAACGAAUUCACGUUGUUCGCAAUGACAACAGAAGUUGAACGUUGCACUGGAAUCAAGAGAGGCGGGCAAGUUCUGCGACAAGAGCGUACGUGGUAAAUGGUGAGAAGAAGCGUAUCAAAAAAGAAGAUGACGUCAAAAAUAUUUUCAAGAUUGCCGCAGAAAAAGAACGCGAAGUCGAGGUAGUGAUCGAGCAAGAAGAAGAUGAUGAUAACAAAGAAAUUGAAGAAUUGAGUUCUGUAGAGACAAUUCUGUCUAAUUCUGUGAAGUCCAUAUGAUAUACUUCAGUUUCAAAUUCCAAACACUCUAACACUGUAAUGAAACUUUCCAGGGGAAUAACAUUUAUACUGACUUUAC